CGGGAUCGGUAUUUUUAGUCGGGGACUACCAGACGAGUAUUUGCUUAUCUGCUAAAGAUGCUCAUAUGCUUUUAAUGGCCUGGUUCGUCCUGUAAUUUACUCAUAGAUUUACAUAGAUCUUUACACACACCGGGUCAAUCAUUAGGACAUUAUCAAACACCCUCAGGGGUCAGGGCUUCUUCCAAAUCCUGGUUUCUCGUUGGUAUAAGAUGUCAACUUUGGAAGAGAGAAGAAUUGGAGCUGUAGUAGGGGCGGUAGUGGCAGAUGCUGCAGCUCAGCCUAUUCACUGGAAUUAUAAGACAGCAGAUUUGGAUGACUUUUUGAAAGACAAAGAGGAAGUUGCUUUCUUGGAUCCCUCUAGGAACCCCUUUUAUUGUAUCCAGACGGGUAAACAUAGCUGUUAUGGAGACCAGUCCAGAACCAUUCUGAAGUCCCUGGUGGAAUUUGAGGGUGUCAAUGUUGGUCAACUAAAAGAAUCGAUAUCUGUUGCUUUUGGUCCAUACUCAGAGUAUGAAAAUGAAGUCAAUGCUACUUAUAAGGAUAAGUCAGAUGUGGUGAAGAAAGUGUAUCCUAUCAAAAGUUCUUGGAGGCAUAAUAGUAUUAAGUCCUUUCUGCAGAAAUACAAAGAUGGAGAUCAAAUAACAGGGAUUGAGGACAACCAAAUGGACUGUGUGGUGAAUGUGGUUUGUGUGGUGGCCCUCUACGCGGGGCGGCCCGAGAUGCUGGACAGGGUGGAGGAAGUGAUCACGGUAACCCAGAACUCUGACAUCAACCUGGCUGUGGCCUUCACGGCAGCGAGACUUCUGGAAUACUUUAUCCUCCAUGGUAAAACUCCUGGGGUGGAGGCAUUGAAUGCUGUACUGAAAGAGAUGGUUAAUCCCCAAAGAUCCCACCCCCAGGAUCUGGACAGAGCCAUGGUCGGCCAUAUGAAAAAGGUCAUUGAUGAAAUAGAGACUGACCAUAUAACAGCAGCUCGGAAAUUCAACAUCACCUGAGUCUUACCCGGGGCCUUUCAGUCCGCUGUGCAUGGUGUGAUUACACACGCCGAGUACGCGACUGGGGUCAGACACACGAUCCGAGCUGGGGGAUGUAACUGCUCCCGGGCAGGAUUCAUUGGAGCAUGUCUUGGAGCUCAGAAUGGCAUAAGUGGUAUACCAGAAGAAUGGAAAAAGAAAACUUUAUCAUAUGAAGAAGUUUUUGAGCUGGCAAAGAAAAUGGUGGGAAUUUGUGCAAAGUAAACUCGUGUGACUUGUAAUGCACAACAGACAAUCGAAAAAGACAUGACAAAACUUUUUAUUAAAACUAAUAUUGCAUGUAUGUACCUUCUGUUCCUGGCUCUUUAUAUCUUUUAGUAAUAUAACUCCAAUAAGUCUGUUUCUUCCUUUUAAGGUGGUAUGGGACACCUCCAUAUUGUGACAUACUUU